AUGAUACGCUUUCACAUCAUUCUCUCUUUCCUCUUCCUCCUCUUUGCUACCUAUAGCUCCGCCAUCACAUCAUCUUCUCGAUUCACGGCCCUACCUCCGGCAGCUUUUCCCGGCCAAUUGCACGCAACGGAACAGCUCUUUCUUCCCUCUACUACAACUAUGCCGCCUGCAGAUUCCACAGAUCUUAUUAGAUCUGAGAAGCGAAGAGUUCCCACAGAUCACGAGGAUGAUCCAUGGAUAAAAUCAGACGGUGCGGUAUGGGCAACCCCUAAAGGUGUUAUGUUAAUGUCGCAUGAGGUGUUACGCUAUGACAAGUUACCAUGGUGA